UUAUUGACGCGUACCAACUCUCUAAGUACGGUGGCGCACAUGAGACCAUUCCUAAACAAUAAAACGCGUCGUUUCACAGACUUGGCACAAAAAGUAGGUUUUAUUUUAUUACAAGUUUUACCAUUACUACUUUUAAGUUUAUGGCAAAAACUGAUGCGCCUGCUUCCUGAUCACGUGAGAGAAGAACAACGCUCCUUGUCCUGAAGUCACCCUCUCACCAACACGACAUGUCCGCUGACCCUUACACCUUUACCAGUGAUUCUCUCCCUGCCGACCACCGUUUUCUCCCUCCUCUGGCCAACGGGCUAUUGGGAUGGAGGGUGUACAACAGCACCAUGCACAUGGGUGGUGUGUACAACGGGAUACAGGGGGAAUGCCACCGCGCAGAUGUUCCCUGCCCUCUAGCUGUGACAGUUAAAACAGAGGAAGCUGGGAAAGACUCCUACAGCCUGGACGCUUAUACAGGUGUUUUCACACACACACUGACUUCACCUAGCGCAACGGUCUCCCAAACCUUCUUCUCGCACCGCCACCAUUCCAACCUGAUGGUCAUGGAGAUUCUGUUGGUGCGCCAUGUGACCCCAGAGGUUGCGGUGACAGUCAAAUUGGCCAGUUCCUUCACCCCUUAUAGUAAAGAUAUCGAUUUUCAGGCCGCUCCUGACUACAGAGGUGGGAGCCACAUUCAAGGUCGCACACACAAUCCAGAGUUCCCAGAAGGUCCCCGUCCCACAGUGCACCUCAUCUGGACUCCCAUUCCUUCCACCCUGACACUGCAACCAGGGCAAAGCCAGGACCACUGGAGUUUCAUUCUGGCCGUGGCUGGCUCUUUUGACAUGGCUAAGUCCAGUUUUGAUGAGGGCCUCAAUCUGAUGGCAACUGGUUUCCUCCGCCGCUCUCACGAGAAGGCGUGGGAAGAGGUGUGGCUGUGGAGCAAGGUGGAGGUCACAGGGUCCGAGCACCUCUUGAAAGCUGUUAUCGGCUGCAUGUUCUACAUCCUCAGUGCCUUCCCCUCCCGACAUGACACAAACAGCUUUUUUGGCGGCAUCAGUCCAGGUGGACUGUCGAAUGGCUCGGACGCUCAAGAUUAUUGGGGCCACGUCUUCUGGGACCAGGAGAUCUGGAUAAAUCCCACUGUGGCUUUAUUUUACCCUCAACUGGCACGUGCAGUACUGGAGUACAGGGUGCGCACUAUCGAUGGAGCAAAAUACAAUGCUCAAAAGCAGGGAUACGAGGGGCUAAAGUUUGGAUGGCAGAGUGCAGUGUCAGGGAGGGAGAUGUGCCCCGUAGAUGUUUAUGGACAAGAUGAGAUUCACAUCAAUGGCGAUGUCGCCCUGGCCUUUCGGAAUUACUACUACCUCACUGAGGAUGUGUCAAUGUUCACUGACGGACAGGGCAGUCAGCUAAUAUGGGGCGUGGCCGAUUACUGGCUUUCAAGGGUGACCUGGUGCCCCGACGACCAGAAGUAUCAUCUUUUGGGUGUCAUGCCACCAGAUGAAUAUUAUGACAAUGUCAACAACUCUGUCUACACAAACACAGUGGCCAAAUUAAGUUUGCAGUUUGCUGUGGAACUAGCUGAUCUUCUCGAACAUCCUGAGCCAAAGGAAUGGCAAGAUGUUGCAGAUAACUUCCAAAUACCUUUUGACCAAGAAUCACUAUACCAUCCUGAGUUUGAAGGGUACUCCAAAGGUUAUCCAGUGAAGCAGGCCGACGCCGUGAUGCUGAGCUAUCCUCUUGGUCUCUCCAUGCUGCCCGAGAUCAGAAGAAAUGAUCUUGAAGCUUAUGAAAUAGCCACUGAUCCUCAUGGCCCAGCCAUGACUUGGAGCAUGUUUGCGAUUGGUUGGCUGGAGCUCGGCAAGGCAGAAAAAGCUCAACGUUUACUUGAGAAGUGCUUCAAAAAUAUUCAAGGACCUUUCCAGGUGUGGAGUGAGUCAUCAGACGGGUCAGGCGCUGUCAACUUUCUUACGGGUAUGGGAGGAUUCUUGCAAGCAGUGGUGUUUGGUUACAGCGGCUUCAGAGUUCAGAAAGAAUGCCUGGCAUUUUCCCCGCUCCUUCCCAAUGACUUGAGUGAGGUUUGCAUCCAUGGUGUCAGCUACUUAGGCCAUCAACUGGACUGGCUGUUUCAGAAAGAUGAGGUGUGCGUCACACUGAGGGAGCAGAAAAAUGGCGCUGCAAGUGCUAAGGUGUGUGAUCUGCAGGUGAUCCUCAAGGCAUCAGGGACCAAACUCCCUUUGACUCCAGGAACACCAGUAAAAUUUCCUCGAGAACCUGGCUGUGUAUGCAAGCUUGAACUAUCGUCUUUCUGCUGGCCUUUCUGAGUGUCAAUCCUUUAAGCAAAAUGCCUCGUGUGCAAGUCAAUAACCUCUUAAAACAUGAGGUUAAACAAUGAAGAGUAUGACAAUUUUUGUGUCCAACUGUGGAAUGGUAUUCACUGUGCGGGCUAAAUGAAACAAACACAUUUGUCCAUGUUUUAAUGGCUUUUAAAUUACCACGAAAAUGUAGCUCCCACUUCUAGUUCUAGUACUGUAUGAAUAACCAAGGUGAGUAUCAAAAUGAAAAGUAACAAUUACCAUGAAUGAAGUGAUUUUUUUUUUAAAAAAUUUUGAACAUUUUUUCUGGGGGUUUGAUAUUUCUUGACAGUUUUGGCAAAGUUCUGGUAGCACCAGGUAUCAGAUCUGCCUACUAUAAAAGUGAACAAUAAAUGAUUGACACAUAUUCAGUCAUGCCUCCUGUUUCUGAUUAGUUGUUUUCUUUGUUCUGUUUUAUUUUAUUAAAUACAUUUUAUAUCAUUGAAAUUCAUAGGCACAACUUCAGGUCACUGAGUGAUCCUGACUGGUCACACUGACAGUUGUAACAGAUAUCAUGGAACGUUAUUUAUUAAUGUACUCUAAAUUUCAAACGCUCUGUUAUAGUUGAGUUGAAUUAGUACAAAUAUAUUUACAAAAAUCGCGUUUCACCUGAUAUGUCAUAUGUUACGACGUUAAUGUAUUUGUAUAGUUUGUGUAUUAUAUCUUGUUUUUUAUUCUGUCUGCAGUGAUGUCUGUUCUCAAUUGUUUCUAA